AUGCAGCAGAGGCCAAGCGUAUAAAUCCAGCGGCUACUCCUCCCUCUCUCUCUCUCUCUCUCUCUCUUUCUCUCUAAACCCUCUGUCCUCAGAAUGUGGAAGAAAAAACUCUAUCAGUCUACACAAAUCUCAACAAUCCUUACUCGCGCUAUAACGUCAGCGGAUUUCAGUCCAUCGAAUUUCAUUUCCCGCUGUUGUAAUCCUCCGACCGUCAAUUUCUCCUCUUCUUCGUCUUGUUUACUUGGCAGGCCCAAAGGAAGAACAUUUUAUUCAGCGAGAAAUUUGAUUUUCCCAGCUUCGAGUAGAACACUUACGAGAGAUUAUGCAAAUUCAUUUCUGAAAAUUGAGAGCUUUUUCUGCUCACAAUCGAACUCCGACCUAAAAUCUCACUGCUGGAAUUGCGGUUCUGAGCCUGACAACAACACAACGCCGUUCCUCUUCUGCCAAGCAUGUCACAGUGUCCAGCCAGUUAAUGAAGCCAUUGAUUAUUUCCAGAUUUUUGGACAGGGAAGGGAAUAUAAACUUGAGGUGGAUAAAUUGGAAAAGAAGUACAAAGACUGGCAAAAGAAGCUGCAUCCUGAUCUAGUCCACUCAAAAUCUCAGAGAGAGAGGGAGUACGCUGCUGAACAAUCUGCUCGAGUUAUAGAUGCAUACCGCACACUCACUGAUCCAUUGUCGAGGGCAAUAUAUAUUUUGAAAUUAGAAGGUGUGCUUGUUGAUGAAGAAGAAAGGAUUACAGAUCCUGAGCUACUUGCUGAGAUCAUGGAAUUAAGGGAAGCUGUUGAUGAGGCUAAUGACACUCGGGCAUUAAAUGAGAUCCAAUCUCAGUUGCAGGAAAAACUGGUACAUUCAACCGAUUCAUUUGAAGAUGCUUAUCAGAAUAAAAACUUUGAAGAUGCUCUUGCUUCAAUACGUAGGAUGACUUACUAUAAACGUGCUAGCGAAGAAAUUGUGAAGAAGGUUUAAUCCAAAGUUGCUUCUAUUAGUGCAAUUCAAAGAUGGCAUUGGUGCAAAUAAAGAAAAUACUCGGGAGCAUGUAAGUAUAUUUAGUGUCUCUCAAACUCUCUAUCCGUAGAUGUUUUGUUGAACUACGAAAUAUUAGCUAUGGAUGGAUCAUGUGAAAGUGGUGAAAUAAUUUUGUUCAGUAGCAACUUCUACUGUGAAGUUUAUGAGAUUAUCACAUGGAUGAACUAGCAUGAAUGCCGAUUGUAAUAAAUAUGCACUAUUUGGGAUGUGAAAAGAAAAUGCUACCCACAUACCAUUCAUUGUUUCAAAAAGGGCAUUUUUUGGCUUAUUUGAUUUUGAUUGUAGAGUGUGGUGUUGGUUUAUUUGACAUAUAAAUACUUCAAGGAUCACAACUGUAAUUAGAUCAUUUUCGGAUGCUUAUUGAAGGCUUUC